UCCGUCACUGCCGCUGACUGUUGGACCUGCAGAAGCUCUCGAGGUUCUGAUCAGUUCCAUUUUUAUUUGGGUCCAAAUUCAAGCUCUUGGUGACGUUCUCUAAAACAAAUAUCGACAAACUAUCGACUGCUUGGAUUUUAGUAAUCUUCACAUAAACCCGGAAAUCGUUUAGUAAAAACGAAAGUUAAGGGUAGAGAUGAGUGUGGAAGCGUACGGGCCGAGCUCCCAGACCCUCACCUUCCUGGACACCGAGGAAACGGAGUUGAUUGGAGCGGACACCCAGGGCUCCGAGUACGACUUCACCGACUUUACGCUUCCUAGCCAGACGCAAACACAAGGCCAGACCCAGAGCCAGCUUGACAGCCAGGUUAAUGGGCCAGACGAGGGUCUGCACAACGGUGGACUGGAUGACUCGGUGGCCAAAACCAGCCAGUUGUUGGGCGAGCUCAACUUUGAGGAGGACGAGGAAGACGCGUACUACACCAAAGAUUUACCUGUGCAUGCUUGCAGCUACUGUGGUAUCCAUGACCCAGCAUGUGUGGUGUACUGUAAUACCAGCAAGAAGUGGUUCUGUAAUGGACGUGGCAACACAUCUGGGAGCCACAUUGUGAACCACAUGGUGAGGGCCAAAUGCAAAGAAGUGACGCUGCAUAAAGAUGGACCGCUGGGCGAAACAGUGCUCGAGUGUUACAACUGUGGCUGCCGCAAUGUCUUUCUACUGGGCUUUAUUCCAGCCAAAGCCGAUUCUGUGGUCGUACUUCUAUGCAGGCAGCCCUGUGCCAGCCAGAGCAGCCUGAAAGACAUUAACUGGGACAGUUCGCAGUGGCAGCCACUGAUCCAAGACCGCUGUUUUCUGUCAUGGCUUGUGAAGAUCCCUUCAGAGCAGGAGCAACUUCGAGCUCGUCAGAUCACUGCCCAGCAGAUCAAUAAGCUGGAAGAACUCUGGAAGGACAAUCCCGGUGCUACCUUGGAAGACCUGGAGAAACCCGGAGUGGAUGAGGAACCCCAGCAUGUGCUGCUGCGCUACGAGGAUGCUUACCAGUACCAAAACAUCUUUGGUCCUUUGGUCAAACUGGAAGCUGAUUAUGACAAGAAGCUUAAGGAGUCACAGACCCAAGACAAUAUAACAGUCAGAUGGGACCUUGGGCUGAACAAGAAGCGGAUUGCAUAUUUCACACUGCCCAAGACAGAUUCAGAUAUGCGGCUGAUGCAAGGGGACGAGAUUUGCCUGCGGUACAAGGGAGACUUGGCACCGCUGUGGAAGGGCAUUGGCCAUGUCAUCAAAGUCCCUGACAACUAUGGUGAUGAAAUUGCCAUUGAGCUGCGGAGCAGUGUUGGAGCACCUGUGGAAAUCCCACACAACUUCCAAGUGGACUUUGUAUGGAAAUCCACUUCCUUUGACAGGAUGCAGAGUGCCCUGAAAACCUUUGCUGUUGAUGAGACCUCUGUAUCUGGCUACAUUUACCACAAACUUCUGGGCCAUGAGGUAGAGGAUGUCACCAUCAAGUGCCAGCUGCCAAAGCGUUUCACUGCCCAGGGCCUGCCAGACCUCAAUCACUCACAGGUGUAUGCUGUCAAGACUGUACUGCAGAGGCCUCUCAGUCUAAUCCAGGGUCCUCCUGGCACUGGGAAGACAGUCACAUCUGCCACGAUUGUAUUUCAUCUGUCCCGACAGGGAAACGGACCAGUUCUGGUGUGUGCUCCCAGUAAUAUCGCUGUGGACCAGUUGACGGAGAAGAUUGACAAAACUGGACUGAAGGUUGUCAGGCUUUGUGCUAAAAGCCGGGAGGCCAUUGAGUCACCAGUUUCUUUUCUGGCGCUUCACAAUCAGAUCAGCAACAUGGACAGUAUGCCGGAGCUUCAGAAACUGCAGCAGCUAAAAGACGAGACGGGAGAGCUGUCAUCCGCUGAUGAGAAACGCUACAGGGCUUUGAAGCGCACUGCUGAGAGGGAGCUGCUCAUGAACGCUGAUGUGAUUUGCUGCACCUGCGUUGGGGCUGGAGAUCCCCGUCUUGCCAAGAUGCAGUUCCGCUCCAUCCUGAUUGAUGAAAGUACCCAGGCCACUGAGCCUGAGUGUAUGGUGCCUGUAGUGUUGGGAGCCAAACAGCUCAUUCUUGUGGGGGACCACUGCCAGCUGGGUCCUGUGGUGAUGUGUAAGAAGGCAGCUAAAGCAGGACUCUCUCAGUCUCUCUUUGAACGAUUGGUGGUUCUGGGAAUCCGGCCAAUCCGCCUUCAGGUCCAGUAUCGCAUGCACCCGGCUCUCAGUGCCUUUCCUUCCAACAUCUUCUAUGAGGGCUCCCUACAGAAUGGUGUCACUGCAGCUGAUCGCAUCAAGAAAGGCUUUGACUUCCAGUGGCCUCAGCCAGACAAGCCCAUGUUCUUCUAUGUGACUCAGGGUCAAGAGGAAAUUGCCAGCUCUGGAACCUCAUACCUUAACAGGACUGAGGCAGCCAACGUAGAGAAAAUCACCACCAGGUUGCUGAAGGCAGGAGCCAAACCGGAUCAGAUCGGCAUCAUCACUCCAUACGAGGGUCAGCGCUCCUACCUGGUCCAGUACAUGCAGUUCAGUGGUUCCCUUCACACCAAACUCUAUCAGCAAGUGGAAAUUGCCAGCGUGGACGCUUUCCAGGGCAGAGAGAAGGACUUCAUCAUCCUGUCUUGUGUUCGUGCCAACGAGCACCAGGGCAUCGGCUUCCUGAAUGACCCUCGUCGUCUCAAUGUGGCGUUGACCAGAGCCAAGUAUGGUGUGAUCAUUGUGGGGAAUCCUAAAGCCCUUUCCAAGCAGCCCUUGUGGAACAACCUGCUGAACAACUACAAAGAGCAGAAAGUCCUCGUGGAGGGACCUCUUAAUAACCUGAGAGAGAGCCUCAUGCAGUUCAGCAAGCCCCGCAAACUGGUCAACACCAUCAAUCCUGGUGGACGUUUUAUGAGCACUGCGAUGUACGAUGCCCGUGAGGCCCUCAUCCCUGGCUCUGCUUAUGACCGCAGCACUGCUGCUGGACGUCCAUCCAACAUGUACUUUCAAACACAUGACCAGAUUGGGAUGAUUGGGGCUGGUCCUGGUCACAUGGCUGCUAUGAAUAUCCCCAUACCCUUCAACCUGGUGAUGCCUCCAGUGCCUCCACCUAGCUACUUGGGUCAGACCAACGGUCCUGCUGCAGGUCGUGGUGCAAUGAAGGGUAAGCCUGGCCGUAGUGGCCGACAGAGAGUCCGUGGCUCUGCAAACCAGGGUACCAGUCAGGGUAAUGGACCAAACAGCCAAGCAAGCCAGGACGGGGCCUCCCAGUCUUUCUCUCAGGGGCCACUGACACAGGGUUAUAUCUCUAUGAGCCAGCCCUCACAGAUGAGCCAGCCUGGCCUCUCUCAGCCCGAGUUGUCCCAGGACAGUUAUCUGGGCGAUGAGUUCAAGUCCCAGAUCGAUGUGGCUUUGUCCCAGGACUCGACUUACCAGGGUGAACGCGCCUACCAGCAUGGCGGGGUGACUGGACUGUCACAGUACUAAAGUGUUGCCCGAAGAAGGGAGCUAGGCUUGAGCUUAGCUUAGUUCAUCUGCUUUUUAAUCUGGGAAAUAAUAAAAACAUAAAAUGGAUACCUGUUUUCCUCUGCUACAUCCGAAGCACCACCAAGUGAAAGCGACGGGAUAGCAAAACCAAACCUAUGACCAGCGAGAGAAAUAAGAUCGUAGAAGACAGCACCAACAGAUGUGCAGGGAGAUGGAAAGAGAAGCCGCGUGAACAAGCGAGAGGCAGGAAUCGAAGCCCGGGAAUAGUCAAGGAGGGAAGUCGAGAAGGUGGCAGCGUCUGGUCGGGCUGCUGAGGGAAACGGGAGAGACCAACGGUCUCUGAAGAGAAUCCAAAAGAGGUUCAGCCCCCCCCCCCAAAAAAAAAGAAAAUCCACACCCACAGCCUCUGGAAAAGCCAGUGAAGCUUCCUCUAAAAAGGAUCAAAGCUUUUCAAUGGAAGAAAUAAUUCUCUAACCUGGACAGAAAUGGUUGCAGAAAGCUUUCAAAUGGGCAGCACAAAAAAAGAAAAUCCCCAUGUUGGAUAUCGGUUGUCAGGCAACCUGGAUUAUACCCCAGACGAUUUCAAAUUAGGUUAAUGAUGGGAGGAAAAUCUUCAACUGGGCCCAAACACCUCGGCAGCCUCAGAAGGAAGCGGGAAUUGACGCACCCUCUCUGGGAGGAAAUAAAAACACUGGUUUCUGGGCUUGAGUCUGAUAUUGAAAUACCUUUCAUUUGCCUUGAGAACUACUGGCUCCUUCACAAGGUCUUUAAUGGGGUGGUUUCAACCACAUGUCAGCGGUGGAAUGAAUUCUGGACUGUUUUGUGUUUUUUAAGGCAUGAGACGCGAAUCCCAGCGAUAUCGCAGUCAUCAUGGGACAGUUUUUUCUGAAGUACCUUUCUUAUCACAGAGCACAAAAUUUGCAAAUAAAGUCAGCGAAACUCAACAUGACCAGCGUUGGAUAUUCAGCUCAGUAUCGGUUGAUGUUUCAGCUACGGCUUUUUUCUUGUAAUCUUUUGAAAGCACGGGUUGUCGACGUCUUGCUGUGUUCAGGACCAGAACUUUUGUUGUUUUUUUUUUUGUUUGUUUUGUUAUUUUUUUUACAGCACUCCGUGUACGCUGAGAUUGGCAAAAGCUUGAAUGCUUUGUGCAGAGGGAUUCCUCAGGGGAUUGCAGACUUUCCACAUCAUCAAACAAAUCCCUGCCUGAGGUAGAAGAAAGUAAACAAGGAGGGGGUGAUAGUAGAUGAGGCUUUCAGGCGGUCAUGGCAAUCAACCCACCAAAAAGUAGGGAAAGGAAGGUGGCUGAGGAAGGGAAGGAAACAAGUUCAGUUCAUUGCCACGGACGAAAACCCAGAGGGAAAGUGUGGCUCUUGGACUUCACAGUCCAAACAGAUGACCACAUGAGUUGUCCUUGUAAAACUGGCCUUUUUACACAGGAAAUAACCACAUGAAUCAAGACAGUAAGGCUUUAUUGCUAAAAAUGUUACAGUGAUGAUGGGGGAGGGACUUUGAAUAGAAGAUUCCCAUGUGAAAUAAAAUGAAGUGAAAUCUGCAUCUGCGCUGAUCAGAUGACAGCAAGAAGAUGAAA